UUGGAGUCAGAAUGGAUUCAGUACUUCCUGCUUGGACGAGAACGAAGAAGAAAUUUCGGUGGGUAACUAAAAAGUUGUUAAACGUUCAAACCAGAGCACCUCGGAGGGAGAGAAUUAAACCCGUAAACGGGAUGUCUUUGAUGGAGCAUAACUUAGUCCGGCCAGUGACUUCAGUGGCCUGGACCUCCAACAGCAGCACCUGCCCCAAAGACUUCAGCCUGAUCAGCAUUACAGAAGACGGAGCAUCAGCAAACUUUACCCGCAGCUUUGGGAUGAAAUCAGGAUAUUAUCUCUGUUACAACAAGGACUUGGCAGGUGGUAUGGUGGUGACAGACAUUCAGGUUAUUUCAGACAAGGACUCCAUUCCUCAUGGUUACUGCUAUAUAGCAGAGCACCUCGAACCAAAGGCCACUGUUUCGAAGAAGAAGCGGGUGUGUGUUCGCUUCGUCCCAGUGGGUAGUGUGGACACAGCUGUGCUGGAUGUCAAACUAACAGCCAAAAGCAAAAUGAUGUUGCAGCAUUAUACAUAUGUUGGAGACAUCCACGGCUUUGUGUUGUGGUGCAGAAAGGGGUAUUUUUCCAGCCCCAUGCCCCAAGCCAAACCCCGCAGCGUCAGCCUGGACCUGCGUGGCCUCUCCUUGGAUCAGCCGUCUGCUCCUCUGCCCCUCAGACCCCGCAACCCUCCUCCUCCACAGCCACAAAGCAGACUAAGUCAUAGACGCCACAGCCUCAAUAGCAAGGAUGACUUGGACAAACCUGCUGACAGCAGUUUCCAGGGAAUACCAGCUCUAGAUGGAGUUCCAUUUAGCCUCCACCCAAAGUAUGAUGUUCAAUCAAACGGGGCGAAUUCUCAGGUGAACUUAAACAAUAUCCGUAUAAAGUCCCUCCAAGACAUUGAAAACGAGUACAAGUACACAUUCGCUGUGGAGGAACAUGCCGCCAAGAGGACCAGACCAACAGUAGCAGCAGGAGGUGCCUCAGCAGCUCAGUGAUCUUUGCACUUUGCCAAAGCAACAAUAUCAAAUUUCUGUUCUGUUUUAUUAUUAUCCAGAGGAGGUUUAUAGGAAAAACACCUCAAAACAAGUUACUGAUGAAGGAUAAUCAUAGCAACGUUUUGGUUUAUAUUGAGGAGCUUUGAAUGGCAACAUGUGAGACUGACUAUCAUGCUUCAGAUGCACUUAGUUCACCAUGUUAAGUCUGUCCCCAUAAUUACCAUCUUUAAGCAUUCAGGAUUUGUAUUUGCCAAAAAAAAUGCCUGUUUAAAGAUGUUACAGGGUUAAAGAUGGAAUGAAUCUCUGGAUUUUUAGAGUAUCUGCUGUUCUUGAAUUAAUCCUCUGCAGCAUUAAGCCCAAUGCCUUUGAAUAAUUCAGAAAAUUUUAAGUAUUUGUAAGCUGAAAAUAAAGAUGCACUUUGCCAUUUAAUAUCUUUUCUGCAUGUUUUGUCUAAUGUCACCUGAUGGCUGUUACACAUCUUUAGUUUGAAUCAGGAAGAGUUUCUGAAGCAGAGUAAUUUUAUUCUUUGGUGGAUCAGCUUUGCUGUAGAUGAUGUCUCAGUAGAUACACUAACAUCCUUAAAUGUAUAAUAUUUCUUGUUUUAUUCCAAAAAAUAAUAUAUCUUAUUUUAAGGUGGAUGGAUGACGACUGUAUGUUUGCUAUGUCUGUUUAUUUACUUAACGAUUUAUGGGAUCAGUGAGCGAGAGUUGUUUUGGUUUUUUUUUCUCCUGAAGCAAGGCUGUGUAAGGACCAAAUAUUUAUCUGUGUCAAAUUAUUAUUUUUAUCGUCUCUAUAUCAAACUUUUACUGCAUGGAAAAAUAAAAAGCUAGAUAAACAA